UCGUGCGGCGGCCCAACGCCGAGUCCCUUCCGCCUCCGUCGCCGCAGCCGGACGAAAUGGCGUCUUCUUCGUGGCCAGCGUCCUCGCAACGGAUCAGCAUCGCCCGGUUCCGCCGCGAAGAAAAGGGACGACCCUAGCCUCCGCCGCAGUCAGCCGACCCACGGCACAAUCGGCGCCGUAGCUCGGCGUUCAACAGACCCAGCGUUCGGCGCGGCGGUAGUCGGGAGCGCCGAACGAGCGGACGUCGGUCGUUCGUCGUCUUCCGCACACACAAAUCCGGGAUGCAUCCCACGUCCGCUGCUUUCGGGUUCAAGUCGGAACGUCGGCGGUGGUUUCCGUGCUCGUCGUCGACCCCUGUGCGCCGUGGAUCUGACGCCGAGACCGCGACCCGCCCGCAGUGUCGACGCUGGUGCCGAGCCCGAUGGGACCUUGUCCAGCGUCGCUGCCGUCUCGUGUUCGACGGCCGCUAACCACGCCGCUGUUGUUGUUGUUGUUGUUGUUGUGCUGGUGGUGAGAAAGAGGGAGGGAUUGAGUGUUCCGCUCCUCCCCCCCUCCAUCGCCGCCAGCAUGCCCGUCAGGAGGGGUCAUGUGGCCCCGCACAACACCUUCAUAGACUCCAUCAUCCGCAAGUUCGACGGAAUGAACCGUCGAUUCCUGGUGGCCAACGCGCUGGUGGACUCCCUGCCCAUCAUCUACUGCAACGACGGCUUCUGCGAGCUGGUGGGCUGGACCCGAGCCGAGCUCAUGCAGCGCUCGUGCGUCUGUGAGUUUCUGCACGGGCCCCUGACGGACCCGGACGCCGUGGCCACCUUCAGGGACGCCCUGGCCUCCAUGGUCGAAAGGCAGACCGAGCUGCUCUACUACCGCAAGGACGGUACGUUUCGCUGGUCUGGAGACCAUUCCGCUCUUCACACACCCUAA